CAACAUUCACUAUGGGCCUCGUUUGCGGUUCUUUUGCAUUUGGGUCCCAAAACCUUCGCCAAGCCAACACAUUUAUAUUCUUCCUGUUUGUAUUUGGUGGAGUGCUGUUUUGUGCUGGAUUUGCACUUUCCAUCUAUGGUUUCCAGUCAUGCCAGUCAGACAACUUCUCCAGCUGCAACAUGACCUAUAAAGUACUGGGUCCAUCUCUUGCAGUGAUAGGACUGGCAUCUCUCUUGAUGGCAAGAUCUACAGCAAGACUGGAAAGAAGAAGGGGAGAACUGUCAGGAGACCAAACAGAUCCAGGCAGUCUCUUCCUUUGUGGGGAAAGUCGUCAGUUUGUUCAGUACCUAACACUUGGGAUCUUAUUUGUUACAUUUGGAAUACUCAUUAGUAUCCCAGGAGUUUUGAUACCAGAAUGUAAGAAAGUAUCUCAACAUGGUAAUGGAAUAGACAUCACAUCUAAAAACUGUGGCUCAUCGCUUUCAUUACAAAUAAUGGGACCCGUGAUUGUACUGAUCGGGUUGUGUUUGUUUGUGGGUGCCCAUAUCAACAAAAAAUACAAUGUCAAUGAUACCAGUGACGUGGAUGAGGAACCUCAAAUCCCUAGAAAUGGACCAUUUUGCAUAACUGUGGGUGAUGAAGUCAUACUAUUCCCACCACCUCCACCCCAAUACUUUGAUGAUGUAACAUCAGCAUCUAUCUGUCAUGAGGACAGUACUGUGCCUUUGAAUGAGAGCCCACCUUCAUACAGGAGUAUUUUUAACAUAAGAUGCAUCAGAGUGAAGUACUUGUGA